AUGACGGUCUCAAGGAGCGGCGGGCCUGUCUUCUUCCAUAAUCAGUGGAGUGAGGCCAUCAUAGGCAUCGCUGCAGACAACAUGAAGCUGCCGUUGCCUAACAUGUUCAUCGCCCCUCCUGUGGUCAAGCAGCUCUCCCGGGGACCCCCCGAGGAGGAACCAGUCCAUCCUCCUCCUCCAUCUGGAGAUUUCUUCACUGUUGUGCUCAGUGAUGACUUGCUCUUCAUCCAUGGAUUCCAUCAUCGGCCAGCGCGGUUCAGACCCGUCUUCGACAUGUUCGUCCCUAGAGCGUGCCAUCAGAGCCACAAGGAGUGCUGGUCUUGUCAUUACCACCAUCACCACCACAACCACCACGAGUCACUAUGGAGCCAGUCAGACAGUGACUCCACCUGCUCAGAGUCUGAGACUCUGAGUAGCACCCAAGCUGCAAAAGCCUGGUGCAAUGGUUUGCCCCAAUGCAGAACAAAAGUCCAAACGAACCUGAUCCCCAAUCGGCAGCUGGACAACUUAGUGGAACAACUCAGUCGCUUGGAAGAGGAGAAGGCAAAAGAAUCAAAAAGGCUCUGUGAGGAACACCAGGAGCCCCUGAAACUCUUCUGCCAGGACGACAAAACCCUCAUUUGUGUGAUUUGUGACAAACACAAAGAGCACCGAGAUCACCAGGUGGUUCCUCUGGAGGAGGCUGCGCAGCAGCACAAGGAACUGAUCACCAGUCACUUGGAGCUUCUGAAGAAAGACAGGGCAGAAAUUAUGACAUAUAAAGAGGAAAGAGUAAAUGAAAGCAAACACCUGCUUACGCAAACAAAAGCCAAGAUGGAAAAGAUGAAAGCAGAAUUCAGAAAACUCCGCCAGUUUUUGGAAGAACACGAGAAGCUUUUAAUGGUCCAGAUGGAAGAGGUGGAGAAAGAAAUAGCAAGGAAAAGGGACGAACACCUGGCCAGGCUCUCUGAGGAGCUCUCCUCCCUUGGAGGUCUCAUCCAGGAGAUGAAGCAGAAGUUCCAGCAACCCCUGGGUGAACUCCUGCAGGAUGUUGGAAGAAUCCUGCAGAGGAGCGACGAGAAAGUCACGUUUGAGAAUCCAGUCGUCUUUCUUCCGGAACUGAAGUGGAAGAUUUGGGAUUUUUGUGAUAUAAAUCCUUUUCUAGGAGGCGUCAUGAACCAGUUCAAAGAUGCUCUGGUACAUGGACUUCAGCUGCAGAAAGCAGUGCAACGAUCCCUAAACGUAACCCUGGAUCCAGACACAGCUCAUCUGCAGCUUAUUCUUUCUGAUCAUAAAAGUGUCACAUGUGGAUCCAAAUUGCAAGAUCUGCCUGACAACCCUAAGAGAUUUGGCAGUGCUGCUAAUGUGCUGGGACAGGAGAGAUUCACAGCAGGCAGAAAUUUCUGGGAAGUUGUUGUGGGAAGUGAGGAACAGUGGCUGGCAGGGGUCACCCAAGAGUCAGUGAUUUAG